AUGGGUAAGAUUUGGGACGCAUUUGCAGUUUACAACAGGAAUAAGCACGUCGAGGACCCGGAUAUGUUUGGUGUCCAACACUCCAACAUUGGAGAACAAAGAAACGCUCAAUACUUGUAUUCCAAAGAGUACGUAGAACCUAAACCACGUAAGAAAUCAGAUGUUGACGUAUAUCAGAAUGAUCCAAACAUUUCAGAACCGGUAAAGGCUGCUUUGAAAGGUGAUGAUGGCCCACAUUUGGUUGACAUAGAUAAAUUAACUGCUAAUGAGUUUAAGGCCCUUUAUGAUAAAGCAAGGAAGGGAGAACCCGACAAUAAGGUUAAUUUUUGA